AUGAACAGCACUGACCAAAUUGUGAAGGAAUUCCUGGAGUUGUUGCAGGGUAUCGCCUGCCUGGCACGCCCUUACAACGUGGUCCUGCGGGAGGAAGCAACACCAGUGGUCCAGCCGGAGCGAUGGGUGCCGCUUGCAUUGCUCGAGCCCCUCCGAGAAGAGUUGGACUGCAUGGAACGUGCAGGCAUCAUCGUCAAAAUCAGCGAGCCGACGGGCCCCUUUGACAGCGUUGAUUGCGUCGUCGAGGGUCCCCGAUAUCUGCCCAUCUCUCAAUACGUUCCGACGUACCACUCCGUUGCGUCAAACAUCAGAGAGUUCAACAUGCCGCCACCCGUGGAGCCACCGACGCCUCCGCUUUCUCCGCAAGCACCGCCACCUUCGCACCCUCCGCAGCUUUUGCAGCCAACGCAACCUCCGCAGCCUCCACAGCCUCCGCAGCACCGGAAGCCAUCCAGGUCGAAGAGGAGCGUUGAUGGCGUCGUCGAGGGUCCCCGAUAUCUGCCCAUCUCUCAAUACGUUCCGACGUACCACUCCGUUGCGUCAAACAUCAGAGAGUUCAACAUGCCGCCACCCGUGGAGCCACCGACGCCUCCGCUUUCUCCGCAAGCACCGCCACCUUCGCACCCUCCGCAGCUUUUGCAGCCAACGCAACCUCCGCAGCCUCCACAGCCUCCGCAGCACCGGAAGCCAUCCAGGUCGAAGAGGGUGACCUUCAGCCUUGAUUGA